AGGAGGCGGGAGGGAGGGCAGGGCCGCGGGGACGUCCCUCGCCCCCCUCUCUGAGCUGAGCGGGCUCGGUUUUGCUCCAGGCUGAAGUUUGUCGGUGCUCUGGGCGGCGUUCGGCUGAGGGGAGACCUCCCUCCGACUCUCCGCGUCCUCACUCCGCCCUUCCCCGGAGCUUAGCGAUUCUCCCCACCUCCCGAAGGCAACGCUGUCGCAAGGCGGGUCCCUGACUGUUCCCUUCCCGCGCAGUCCACAAAGGAAGGUUCUCCCGGCGGGGACCCGGACUCGGAGUGCGGUGAACUGAGCGAAUGGCAUUUCUCUUGUCCUGCCUCUGAUAAAAGUACCUGCCCUGCUCUUUUAUUUAAGAUGAUCAUCAUCAUCGAGCACGCUCAGUUUUGCUCCUCAGAGAUGUCAGCUUAUUUAUAGGAGUUGCUCCAAGCCAGAGUCAUGGUGGAUGUAGGGAAGUGGCCAAUCUUCACUCUGCUUUCGCCUCAGGAAAUUGCUUCUAUUCGGAAAGCUUGUGUCUUUGGCACCUCGGCCAGUGAAGCACUGUACGUGACUGACAGCGAUGAGGUCUUUGUAUUUGGACUGAACUAUAGUAACUGUCUAGGAACUGGAGAUAACCAGAGUACACUUGUACCCAAAAAGCUAGAAGCCUUAUGUGGAAAAAAGAUUAAAAGCCUCAGUUAUGGGAGUGGACCACAUGUUCUGCUCAGCACUGAAGAUGGAGUGGUUUACGCCUGGGGCCACAAUGGAUAUAGCCAGUUGGGGAAUGGGACGACUAACCAAGGCAUCGCCCCUAUCCAAGUCUGCACCAAUCUCUUGAUCAAGCAAGUGGUUGAAGUAGCUUGUGGCUCACAUCAUUCAAUGGCUCUGGCAGCUGAUGGGGAGGUGUUUGCUUGGGGGUAUAACAAUUGUGGUCAGGUGGGAUCAGGUUCUACAGCAAAUCAACCAACUCCCCGAAAAGUUACAAACUGUUUACAUAUCAAGAGGGUGGUUGGCAUUGCCUGUGGUCAGACGUCAUCCAUGGCUGUCCUAGACAAUGGUGAGGUGUAUGGCUGGGGUUACAAUGGCAACGGUCAGCUGGGCUUGGGAAACAACGGCAACCAGCUGACCCCCGUGCGAGUGGCAGCCUUGCACAGCGUUUGUGUGAACCAGAUCGUCUGCGGCUAUGCACACACUCUAGCACUAACAGAUGAGGGCUUGCUGUAUGCCUGGGGAGCUAACACAUACGGGCAGCUGGGAACUGGCAAUAAAAAUAACCUGCUGAGCCCUGCACACGUCAUGGUGGAGAAAGAAAGGAUAGUAGAGAUCGCAGCCUGUCACUCUGCCCACACAUCUGCCGCCAAGACCCAGGGUGGGCACGUGUACAUGUGGGGCCAGUGCCGGGGCCAGUCGGUGGUGCUCCCCCACCUCACACACUUCUCUUGCACGGAUGACGUGUUUGCCUGCUUUGCCACUCCUGCCGUGUCGUGGCGCCUCCUGUCUGUGGAGCAUGAAGACUUUCUGACAGUUGCAGAGUCCCUGAAGAAAGAAUUUGAUAGUCCAGAAACUGCUGAUCUGAAAUUUCGAAUUGAUGGGAAAUACAUUCAUGUUCAUAAAGCUGUUUUGAAAAUCAGGUGUGAGCACUUUCGUUCCAUGUUCCAAUCAUACUGGGAUGAGGACAUGAAGGAGGUGAUAGAAAUCGACCAAUUUUCUUACCCAGUGUACCGUGCCUUUCUCCAGUACCUCUACACGGACACUGUCGACCUGCCACCAGAGGAUGCCAUAGGUCUUUUGGAUUUGGCGACAUCUUACUGUGAAAAUAGACUGAAAAAACUAUGUCAGCACAUUAUCAAGCGAGGGAUCACUGUGGAGAAUGCCUUCUCGUUGUUCUCUGCUGCAGUCAGAUAUGACGCAGAGGAUUUAGAAGAAUUCUGCUUUAAAUUUUGCAUCAAUCACUUGACAGAAGUUACACAGACUGCAGCGUUUUGGCAAAUGGACGGCCCUCUGCUAAAGGAGUUCAUUGCUAAAGCCAGUAAAUGUGGAGCCUUUAAGAACUGAAGCCCAAGGCUGCCGGGGUUUUAUGUGAGUGCCCUGGGGCACUGCUGACCAGGUGUCCAGUUUGUUCUCCACACGAGUAACAUGAUUCUGCAGGUAAAAGAAGCAUCAGAUUGUUUUCCCCACGUCAGAGACACAGUCCUCUCUAUAGGAAUAUAUGAAAGCUGUAUGGCUUUUCUUGAGCCUGUUUUAAACAGCUCUUGUUUCCAGAUAGGUACACCUUCCAUGUGGCCUUCCUUACAUUUGGGCUGGGGCAUUGUAAAAGGGGAAAAGUUUAGCUGUUCUUCGUUUUGUUUUCGUUUUUUUUGAUUAGAGAAACUUCUGAACUUGAAAAGCAGAAGUUGCUGACAACUCUCCUGGAUUACACAUCAACAACCUUUUGAUGUCAGGCGUUGUGAUAGUUUGUGAAUUGUGAAGUGAACGUAGCUGCUCUGAAUCAAGGGUGCCGACCUGGGACUCCUCUGAGUGCUGCGUUAGCUGCUAGUCCAGGGUCCCAGCUGUGAGGGGACAGCUGCGCUUGUCUAAGGCUCUCACUUGUGUGCUUACGCUAUUGAUGACUUCUUUUAACUUCAAGGUGUAUCAAAGUAAUAUUCAGUUUAACAUGUUAAACCUACUGAAAUGAUAAUUAUGUAAAGAUAUAUUUCCCGGUUAGCCAAGAUUUCUCAUAAGAUUUCAUUGCAUAAAGAAUAGUAAUUUAUAACUAUCCAUGACAAGUUGAUAAUGAAAACAACUUCUUUUGGGUAAAAGUGAGUAUUACAUAAAUUAGAAUCUCCACUACUUAUUCAAAUAAGAUAGAAUUUGAGAUCUCAAAUUUAAAUUGCCCCCAUUCUGCAGAUGCUAACUGACAUGCAGUGUGCUCUUGCCUCCUGCACUAUGAUUGCUGCUAAAUCGUCCUGUCUGCAGGGUAGGACUUGAAGUGGUUCUUAAAUCCAACUUUCUUACAUGACUUACUGGAAUUUAUCUUCUUUAUCUAGGCCCAAUUCUAUCAAAAUUUGCUUAUUUAAAAACUUCAUCUCCUUUCACUGUUGAUCUUCCUCUGCCUUUAACUGUUAGGUAUAUUUAGCAUAAUUUAGCCUUGAAAAAGAGGUCAAAAUGCUGGUGUUCCUGGAAAGAUCCUCUUAAAAGGUGGCUAGUCGUGCAACGUGACUUUGGGACGUCAGAGCAUUCAACUCUUGAGUUUUAUCACGUGUCCAUUGUGUUCAUACUGAGAAGAUUUGUUUUGCUUUCUGGUCUGUGAACUCAUCUGCAUUUGUGUGAGCUCCCUUGGUGAAUUUCUUCUCCUUGGAUGGUCCCUCUUUUCAGCUUGAAGCCUGAAUACAUUUUCAGAGCCAGACUAACAAGCAGUGAUGAACAUGUGCUGUGGCUAUUAUUUUUAGCCGUGUUUUUAAACAUAUGUACGUUGGAGUGGAAGGGGGAGUGAGGCCCCAAUGUAGGGGUCCAUCAGUAGGAGGAAUAAAUUCAAAACUAGCAAUCCCAGCCCCUUUUCUUGAGUAUAUCAAAAUGAUUGAAGCCCAGAGAAUGACUGGGUUAGAAUUGUAAUGGUCACUGUCAUGGUCACUCUGUAGGAUCUGAACAGAACGAAGACAUUGGUAUGUUAACUAUUGCUCUCUUACUUGAAAAACAACCUUCUUAAAAGCACAAAUUAUAAAAUAGUAGAUCCAUUCAACAAAUAUUUACAGAGUUCCCAAUAUAGGUGAAGACCACGUCUCAGAUUAGAUGACUAAGUAGAUUGUAUGAGUUACGUAUGGUAGUGAAGAGGGGAAGUCCUUCAGAAGUACUUCUGUACCUUUAAUACACUCUUAUUUUUCUACUUGGUUUUGUUGUUAAUCAUAGGAGGAUAUGAAACUAGUCUUUGAAUUUUUUUCAUCUGAUAUAAUAACAGAAGGCAAAUAUUCCUAUUUCUUAAAAUAGCCCAAAAUGUACUCUUGAACUUCUUACUGGAACAAGGUUUGAUACUCUCAUAUGUGGGCUGUAUUUAUGUUAUAUUUAGAAUGACAUGUUAAUAAAGUAACCCAUUAAAAACAGGCUUGUAGAGUUGUUUU